AUGGUCUUCUUUAAAGCCAUCGCUCUAUCCUCUCUCUUCUUCACUGCUGCCGUGGCCGUUCCCCAGCAGACGGCUGCAGCUACAACAACCGCUCCUCCCACGACAAUUACCAAGGCUGCAUCACUGAGCUGCUCGCCUGGGCAGACCGCCAUCUACACGACAGAUUGCACAAUGGGAACACCCAAAUCGUACUGCGCUGUGCCAGAGCCCCCGAUCUCGUGCUCAUCGGGGUACUUCCCCUCAGUUUGGCACCCAGGCCAUUGCAUUGAGCAGUCAACAUGUUUCCCCGUCACUGCAGACUGGAUCACGACCGAGUGCUCGCAUGGUCAGAUCCCUUGGACGACAAAGACCAUGUAUGAGGGUACCUUAGCAGGUGGACAAUCGACUAUUAUCAGUGCCGUUUCCUGCUCCUGUGCUAGAGACCAAUGGUAUAGCGCUACCAUGCUCCCUGGCGCAUCUACCGUCGACACUUUCUGCAUGCCUUCAAGCUCUUGUCCUGUCGGUAUGACAACUUCUAUCGCGACGAACACGUACUGUGCCACUGCGCCGGCCAGUGCUUGCUCCGAUAUUCCUCUGGAGACCAACUACUGCAAGUGCGAGGAUGCGGCGCAGACACCUGUUUAUCCUGACUCUGUUGGGGCCGCUCCUACUGGAUGUGCAGCCUAA